AAGGACACAAACUUUAUUUUUGUGUUUACGCACUUUGUGAUUGAGUUUUAAGUCAGAAAUAAAUGACAUAAACCCAAGCGAUUUGUAAAAUAAAUCUUUGUUCAAUUAUAAAACUUUGUUAGUACUCAAACUACUUACAAGUUUUUAUUUAGAAAUAUUUAAUAUAUCAACAUGUGGAUAUUCUUGACUUCUUCAAUAUAAUUUAUAUUUACAAUGUCUCGGCUAAUAGUUAAAAAUUUGCCAAACAAGGUUACAGUUGAUAAACUUAAGGAUUUAUUUUGUCAAAAAGGAGAAGUUACAGAUGUCCAAUUGAAAUAUACAAAAGAUGGAAAGUUUAGAAAUUUCGGCUUCAUUGGAUACAGAACAGAAGAGCAGGCUUCUGUUGCAAAGGAGUUUUUUGAUGGCACAUGUGUCAACUCUAUGAAAAUAAAUGUAGAAUUCUGCGCAAAUUUAGGCGAUGAAAAGAAGCCAAGAGCUUGGAGCAAAUAUGCUACUGAUAGCUCAGCUUAUAAAAAACUUAAUAAAAAUGAUCAAGAUAUACCAAAGCAAACGAAACAGAAACUAUCAAGUGCAGAAAGAAAUAAAAACAAAAUAAGAGAGCUGCUUAAAAAGCAUAAAGGUGAUCCUUUAUUUGAUCAAUUCAUAGAAGCUCAUGUCAAUGAAAAAACAUCAUGGAUUAAGGAAGUGUUAGAGGAAGUUAAAAAAAGUGACAAUGAAGAUAGUGGCAAUGAAGCUGAACAGAAUGAGGAAGAAAAUAUUAACAGAAAAGAAGAAAAAAAUAUAGUACCAGAAGUUAGAAAAAGUGAAGAGAAAGUUGCUAAUAAGCAAAUUAGUGAUUUAGAGUACAUGAAGUUGCUAAUGAAAAAAGUGGAUGGUGCUAACACUGACAAAGUAAAUGAAAAUGCAGAGGAAGAUAAACCCAAGAAAGUUAGAAACAGGCCAUUGUUUUAUUGUAAAAUAAAUGGUUUACCAUUUAAAUGUAAAAAGAAAGACAUAAAAGAAUUUUUCAGACCGUUAGUGCCAUUUUCCCUGAGGUUACCCCUCGGAAAGGGAAAGAAGCUUGCCGGCUUCUGUUAUGUAGGAUUUAGAACUGAAAAAGAAUUACAAAAGGCACUUGCUAAGGAUAAGUUGUUUAUAGGCAGUCAUCGGGUACAUGUUCAUAAGUAUGAAAGCCAGACCAAGAAAGAUGAAGAAGAGGAACAGAUCAACACUAAAAAGAGACAAGAGCAAACAAGUAAUGAAGAAAGUAUAGGAGAAAGCGGUAGCAUCUUCGUGCGAAAUUUACCUUACGUGGUAUCUGAAGAAGAAGUGACGAAGACUUUCGAAAAAUAUGGUCCAAUAGCCGAAGUCAACAUGCCGAUAGAUCCAAUACUGCGGCAGCCAAAGGGUUUUGCGACAGUUAUCUUCGUGAUGCCGGAGCACGCGCUGAAGGCGUACACGGAACUGGACGGCACCUCCUUCUGCGGCAGAAUGCUGCAUCUCUUACCUGCUAGAACUGAAAAGCUGGAGAAGGAAGAAGACGACAGCGACCUUUCAUUUAAAGAGAAGAAAGCGAAGAAACUAAAAGCGCAGGCGAAGUCCUCUCACAACUGGAACACAUUGUUUUUGGGCGCGAACGCCGUCGCUGACGUCAUCGCCACCAACUACGGCACUACUAAAGAACAAUUGCUUAAUGACAAUAAUAAAAAUACAAGCGCCGCCGUCAGACUGGCCCUAGGUGAAACUCAGUUGGUUGCUGAAACGAAAAACUUUUUGGAGAGUAAUGGAGUCUAUCUCGACGCAUUUAAUAAGCCAGCGCAAAAGCGUUCAAAAACUUGCAUUCUUGUUAAAAAUUUAGCAUCCGACACUGACAAAGAUGAAGUUAGGGCGUUAUUUGAAAAACAUGGACAAAUUGCAAGAUUCCUUAUGCCGAACCAUGGUAUCACUGCAUUGGUAGAUUUUAUCGAGCCAUUCGAAGCAAAGAAAGCAUUUAAUAAACUAGCUUAUUCACAAUUCAAAGCAGCCCCAUUAUAUUUAGAAUGGGCACCGGAGAAUGUUUUCGUAAAAACUAUUGACAAUAAAGAAAUAGAAGCUAAACAAGAAAAGGAAUCAAGUAAAGAGAAAGUAUCGAAAACCGAAAUAACGACGAAAACCGAUAAAGUAUCGAAAGCCGAAAAAUCAGAAGCGGAGAAAACCGAAGAAAAAGCCGCGGAGGAAAAAAUAGAAGAGGACACAGAAAUGCCAGAAAAUGACAGUACAAUUUUCGUUAAAAAUCUUAACUUUAAAACUACUGAGAAUAAUUUAAAAGAGCAUUUCAAAAGUUGUGGAAAAAUACACAGUGUGGUUGUUGCAAAGAAAAAAGAUCCCAAGAAUCCUGGACAGUUCCUUUCUAUGGGAUAUGGUUUUGUACAAUUUUAUAGAAAAACGCAAGCCAAUGAAGCUCUAAAGACAUUGCAGAGUUCUACUUUAGACGGAAAAACAUUAGAAUUAAAGAGAUCUGAGAGAGGAAAUGUAGCUGAAGUAAAAACAUCGAAGAAGAGCUCCAAGGCAACAGUUCAAAAUGGAACUAAACUACUCGUCAGGAAUGUUCCCUUCCAAGCCAACAGGAAUGAACUUCACGAAAUAUUCAGGGCGUUCGGCGAAAUAAAGACUUUGAGAUUACCUAAAAAAUUGACGACAGGGUCGGAACAACAUCGUGGAUUUGCUUUUGUAGAUUUCCACUCGAAGGCCGAUGCUAAGUGUGCAUUUGAAGCAUUAUGUCAAUCAACUCAUCUUUACGGUAGACGAUUAGUGUUAGAGUGGGCUGACCAAACUGAUGAGAACGAAGACAUCGAGAUGCUGAGGAAGAGGACGGCGGAGUCAUUCAAUGCAAAGGUUCCCGGCGGCAAAAAGUCUAGAAAGGCAGCCGUGGAUGUUGAUGAAUUUGUCGAAGGCGAAAAAGAUUAACAGAAAUAUAUUUAUAUUAUGCUGA